GAAUUUACAGGACAAGAAGAUCUGUGCAAACUGAGGAAGAAGCAGGAGCUUGCUGAGAUUGUAAAGGCAUCCUGAAAGUUAGUGCUCUGUUGAGGGAUGCUGUCCACCCUACACUGUUUGGGGGUGUGUGCGGUCUUAUUCUUACUGGCCCCGCCCACCACAUCGUUCUCCGGUGGUGCUAGCCACGCCUCUUGUCAGGAAAUAAUUCCCGGCCACAUCCGUGCUCACUCUCAGGACCCGCAGCACAGAUAUGUCACCAUACGCACGUCUGCCUCUUCCUACCUUCCUGGACAGUUUAUAACAGUAACGGUCCGGAGCUCUCGGGACUUCAUGGGUUUCCUGCUCCAGGCACGCAGUUCAGAGGGUACGUUCAGCAAUUCUGGAGGAAGCUUUGGGGUCAUGCCACGGCCCAAAACCAGAGCUGGAAGUGGUGCCAGGAAGUCCAGGAGAGGGAGCCCAGUGCUGGUGGGCGGCUCAUGGAUCCUCACACCUCCUGGCACCCACACUCUGUGCUGCCUCUCGGAGGGUGACACCGUCACACACUCAGACAAACAGCUGAAAAGAAACCUCUCGUUUGUAUGGAGGGCUCCUGAUUCACCAGUGGGAGACAUACGGUUCUACAUUACGGUGGUACAGUCCUACUUUGUUUACUGGGCAGGUAUUGAGUCUGGACUGGUGCGUGACGCUAGUCGUAGGCUCUGGAGUGGGAGUAACACUACCAGAGUGAAUGGAGUGAGUGCAAUUUUUGCACUUCUGCAAGACAAAGUUACAGCCCUGCCAAAAUAUCUUCAAAACGAUUCCCAAACACCUUUAGGAUCAUUUUCAGCUGUGACUGAAGAGGCACAGAUUGACCCCGUUCCUCAACCCAAGGACCCCAAGACCUCAAGUCCUUUGACAGCAUCUUUCUCCUCUGCUGCAGGGAUGAAAACUACCACCAUUUCAUCAUCAAAGAACACAGUGCAAACCUUGAGCAGUCCUCUUCUUGUUCCUGUCAUCCCUCUGAAGGAAAAGGAACUUCCAAAAUUUAUUUUACCGGAUCCAAAAUCGCCAAACACACCUGAAAUAGAAGAUACCACCACCUCAAGGGCUAUAUCUUCAACUAAUCACAGUUUUCAUAAUACAAAGCUCCCAACACCCACAACCCAUAAUCCAAAAACAGCAAUGCAGGAAGAAAAAGGUUCAGCAAAGUUCAGGAACCAGAGUCCCAAAAACAAUGCAGAAAUAGGUAUCCAGUCUCAAAAUCCUCACUCCCAAACUUCUUCACCCAAGCCUACUAGUCAUUUUGAAGUGUAUACACCCAUACUUCUUCAGACCAGCACAAGUCAUAAUUAUCCAUUUCCCUCAGCAUCUUCAUCCAAAUUCCUUUCUCAUUUCCAAACCUUUUCUCCACACUCCAUUCCACCAUCCAAAUCUCCCAUCGUUGAAUCCUACACAAUAUCAUUCCUUACCCACUCUGAGAACAGCCCGUUUGAAUCCAAAAGUAGCCCAAAGCAAACCAGUACACUUUUCUCUAAGCUUCAAACUAUAGCUACUGUCCUGAGUAGCUCUCCUCACCGUGAGUAUAUCAGAAACUUUCGCCAAGACAUCCCAGAAACUACUCCAACUAAAAGUCAGGGCCAAACUAGCAUUACUUGGACAGAUUACUCCCAAUCUGAGAUAGCGCCUGAGGUUUCAAGCACCUCUCCUCAACCACGGUCCCAACCCAUUUUCCAAAUAGGACAGAAACAAACUCCAUCCUCAAAGUCUCUCUUUAACACGCUGCUCUUUACACUGAGGACUGACCAAACUCCCAUACUGGAAAAGAGUCAAGUGGAUUUUAAGACUGAAGCAAAGAUCAGAACUACGAGCCCAGUCUUUGCUCUGCCCUCAGCCACUCCUUCCCUUUCCGCUUCAGCAUUUUCCCACCUUUUUGACUCUUCAUCUUUCUCCUCCUCCAAUACUUUGCCCACUGCUGCAGCAGUUAAUGAUAGGUCUACCAAUUCUCCACAUCCUUCUGGAGGUUCAAGCCUUGUAACUAUGCGUCCAUCCAUUAGGUCUACAUUUGUCAUCCCUUCUUCUUUCUUCACGAGAAACCAACCGACAACAUCACCAACUCGUUCUGCUCUCCACUCCCCUUCUCCAAUCUCCAGCCCCCCUUAUUUGUCAUCUUCCCAACCUACCCCCACUUCCCCACAGCCAUCCUCCUUUGCCUCUUCUACCAUACCGUAUUUAUAUACCUCUAACAAUCCAUCAUCAGAUGUCUUGUUUACUCCAGCUCCCUUGCCUACCUUUACCUCUUCCCAGUGCAUCACAAAUUCAACAAAUUCUUCAAUUUCUUUUGUUUCUUCUACCACUUCAUCUAGCUCGACCUCAGCAACUUCUUCCUCCUAUCAAGGUACCUCUUCUUUUUAUAUCCCAUCUGUCACCUUCCCGCCUACUGCCCAGUCUACCUCCCUUCACCCAGGACCCUCUCCAGCUCCCCGUCGCUCUUUGUACAACUUCUCCAUGCCCUCACCUUCCCAGAAACAUACUGAAGGCCACACUGCAUCAUCUGAUCCUGAUCCAAGUAUACACCAACCAACACCAAGAACAAACAUUCAUCCAAACCCCAAACCCCAUCCUAACAUCAAGGAAAAUCUUGGCCACGAGUUGAAACCAAACCUUCCGAACACUGAUGCUAAACAUCCCUCCAGUCCACCUGCAACUCCAGACAAGGAAGGUAAAUAUCCAGACAUAUCCAGACACAGUGCCUGGGAGCUGGGCAUGCUGCUGGGCAGCUCAGCUGGUUUGGGUAUGGUACUGGUGGUUGGAAUAAGGUACAUGUACCGCCAGGUCUGUGGAAAACGGACACAGGUGACCCUCAACGACCGGGAGAGAGAGUAUGGGAGAGGAGAGAUAGGACUGAUCCACGUUCAGGAGUGUGGAGAUUUGGUUAGAGUCCGAAAAAUCAGAGAGAACAGUUUAGUGCUUCUGGCAGAGUAUGAUGUACUGUCACCACCUGGAGAGAGAAAUGCAGGUUGCCAACAAAGAUGCUAGAUACCAAAACCUUUUAAGGAACAAGAAUAAUCUCUCUGAUUAACUCUUCCAUUGUUUGGUGUUUUUUUUUUUUAUUUCUACCUAAAACAAUCUGCAUAGAUUUAAUCAAAAACAGCUCCCUACCUAUAAAAGGCAACAAAAACUUAAGAAUGACACAUAAAAACAUCUGUUUAGCAUUAGUGGCUGCUUCAUUUGAUUAUGUAAAUUCAAUUAUUCAAAUGAUUAGUUUGAUUGUUGUCAAUAAAAGCUGCUUAACUUAGGCCUAAUCACACAAGCCUAGAUACUGAUUGGGGAAAAAUGUGCAAAGUGCAACAAGGGUGCUGGACUAAAAAACCUCCUUGUGAUUGCUUUGGUUACUAGGAGAUUACAUUACAGGCAACAAUGGUAAACCAAAUCAACCAGAAACUUUAUACUGAACAUGAGCACUAAGGCUACGUCCACACUAAUGCAUUUUCUUUUCAAAACGCAUCGUUUUCUCUCCGUUUUGGCCCCCCGUCCACACUGAGACGGCGCUUUCCUCAAGGAAAAAACGCAGCGUUUUGAAAAUGCUCUAGAAAACGCAUACAUUUCAAAACUGAGCUGUCCUGUCGCAGUGGGGACACACGAAAACGCAGACUUUCUAAAACGAUGACGUAUUUUAGUCAUGUGAUGCAGUCAUGUGACCAAAUAAACAAAGAUAGCGGAGUGCAUUAUACAGCGGUUGUUUUGAUUGCUCUC